AUGCGGCGACCUGAGAAGGAGCGCAAGGAGAAGUCCUCACCGAAGAGAGGGCAGAAGGAGCGCCUCACCACGGUGAUGUUGCGAAACCUGCCGGCCGGGUACAGCCGGGACAUGCUGGUGGAGCUGAUGAACCGCAACGGCUUUCGCGCCUGCUUUGACUUCGUCUACAUUCCCAUCAACUUCCGCACUCAGGCGAUGUUCGGCUACGCUUUUGUGAACUUCAUCGACGAAGCUCAAGCUAUGCGCGCCCGGGAGGUCUUUGAAGGCCGACCAGCAACGCACGCUUCAGAAACUGGGGCGUCUUGA